AUGGAAUUACAUUAUCUAGUCAUCUUUGCAAUUUUUGUAGUUCUUGGGACAGCACAUUAUUUAAUCAGACAACGGCAUCAACCUUUUCCACAGAUAAUUAGCGAUGCGUAUAAAGCUAAAGAGACACUUAAUCACUACGACAAUGCUUCACGAGCAAAGUCAAAUCAGCGAUUGCAUUUUACCUUUGGAAUUUCAAAUCCUUUUACCAAUCCAAAUGAACAGUAUCGCCGCGACUUCCGUAAAGUUAUUACUAAAUCCAUCAAAUUAGAUUGGCAAAAGAUUAAAUCCAUUGCUCAAAAAGCCGUAAACGAUUAUACUCAUGUGGAAACGAGUCAAGAGUGUGUUGUCGUCGAACUUGUUCCCUGGAUACAGAAAAUAACGUUAAAUGUUGUUCUCCGCGGUUACUUGGGAAUGACGAAUAUCGACAAAGUUAUCGAUGAAGCUCCCAGCAUGAUCAAUAGCCUUUGGCUCAUAUCCAAAGAACUCGAUUUCAUAACAGCAAGAAAGGACGAAAAUUUGAAAUUAAUAUUGGAAACAAAACGUCUGCUCAAAGAUCUCUUCAAUAUGGAAGCAUCGUCAAUACCUCAACAAAAAAAACAAAAUGAGACCCAUAAUGUGAUGAUGGAAAUUUCAAGAAUUGCUCGAUCUAAUUUUCCAAGCGCUUUUAAUAAAGCACACUCUGACGCAGCCGAUAAUUUUGAAUCCAACAAUGGAUUCCAUAAUCCUUCAGGCGAUGACUUAGUAAAUUCUCUCAAUGUUAUAAUUCCCGCUUACGAAACAAUGUGGAGGGUUGUACUUUAUGCUAUUUUGGAGAUUAAGAUACGCCCCUUAUUAAGAAACAAAGAAACCACUGAAGGGAAUGCUAAUAUCGAUUUUGAAAAACUCGAUGAUGCAGUCAAAGUUUUUCUGGAAAAACCUAAGAAUGUUUCCAAAGUUCCUCCACUAUGCCACGUUAUACAAGAAACUUUGCGACUCUAUCCUCCAACACGACAUAUUCAUCGGGAAAAAGAAGGUCUCAGGGUUACCGUCGAUGUGGAGGCAAUUCAUCGUGAUCCCAAAAUUUGGGGUGAUGAUGCUCUCUUAUUUAAUCCUGAGCGUUUCCACAAGAAACCGGAAGAAGCUUCAUUCAUACCAUUCUCGGUUGGCCCCUUGAAAUGUGUAGCUGCCGAAUUUGCUCCAACAUUUGCUGCCAUUAUCAUCUCAGUUAUUUUAAAUCGCGUGAAAAAUGUCACUCUGAACCAAGAAAAAAAAGAAACAUUAUUUCAGAAAGAAAACAUUCCUUUUGAAAAUAGUCGUCGUGCCUUCGACAAAUUUAAAGUCAAUAUAUAUUGA